CUCUCCUCCCAAACCUUCCUUGAAAACAGAUCGCGGUGCAUUCCUUUCCCGAUCAUCUUUGCAUGCCGCCAAUUCCCUCUGCCGCCGGCGCAUGCUUUCACUUAUUUGAAGCGCUUUCUCUAUGAACCGGCUUACCACCAACGAUGCCCUUCCUUUUCUCGUAUGUGUGCGACCUCCUGCAGGCGUUAGACGACAACGAGCGCACCAGAUCUGGGUUGAAGACUACCACUACCGCCAAGAUCGUCGAGGAUUGGUUCACAAAACACCGCUCGCUUAUCAACCGCGACGACCACAACGAUACUGCACUCCUUUCCACUCUGUUUCCUGAAAAGAGGACCGACAGGGUCUUUAGGUAUGGCCCACCGAGAUUGGAACGCACCAUUGGAAGGGGGCUGGUACUGGGAGUGACCCGAAAGGUGGAACUUGGGAGACAUGCGGAUGCUAGAUGGGGAAUGGAUCUCGCCGAAUGUGUUGAGCGUAUUCUGAGGGACACGCCCAACCCUGAUCCCAUCAGACCAGUCACUAUCGAGGAAAUCGACAACCUUCUUCAUGACAUCGCUUCGCAUUGCCACUUUAGCUCCCCUGCAGUGCGCAGCUCACCUCCCAGUUCUACUCCCGUAAGCAGAGAGAAGGCACUUGGAGAUAUCUAUACGAUAUUCUCCCCUCGAGAUGCCAAGUGGUUCACGCGGCUUUUCUUGAAAAAUUACCAGCCCGUCAUUCUCGAUCAACAACUCGUAUAUCGCAACUAUCACCCUCGGUUACCCUUAAUACUAAAAGUGCGGGAUGACUUUGUGGAUGCUGGCCGCAUACUGGCGAGCCACAGACACGAACGAACUGUUACUGGGAGGGACGAGUUUGCCAAAUACCUGAAACCCAGGUUGGGUGUCAAAGUUGGCCGCCAACCAUGGAUCAAGGGAAGAAGUAUUAGGCAAUGCUUGCAGAUGGGCUACGGUAGGAUGAGCUGCGAAGAGAAGUAUGACGGCGAGUAUUGCCAGGUUCAUAUCGACCUCAGUAAGGGCUACGACUGUAUACAAAUAUUAUCCAAAAGUGGAAAGGACAGCACAAAUGACCGAAGAGCUCUACACGAUUCUAUCCGGAAAUCACUUAACCUAAACAAGCCGUCAUGCCCUUUCAAGAAAGGUUGCAUCUUGGAAGGAGAGCUACUAGUAUAUAGCGACAAGGAAGAAAAGAUAUUGGACUUUUACAAAAUCCGAAAGCACGUCUCCAGGUCUGGUGCGUUCCUUAGCACGGAACAGGACUCACAACGAAACCCCUGGGAACAUCUGAUGAUUGUCUACUAUGAUAUUCUCAUGGUUGAUGACGAGUCGCUUUUGGCUGUCAAACACUCGGAGAGGAUCCAACGUCUGCGAGAGAUAGUGACAGAGGUCAAAGGACGCUCGAUGUUAAUCAAGCGGCAAAUCAUUGACUGCAGUCGACCAUCUGCAGAAUCAGACCUACGCCGUGCGUUUGCAACGUGUAUUACCAACCGUGGAGAAGGUUUGGUACUCAAACCCGACACCACGUACUUCAACUUUGGUACGUCAUGGGGAAACUCUGGCAGCAUUGCGAUCAAGCUCAAGAAGGAGUAUAUCCGACAGUUUGGGGAUGUCGGCGACUUUGCUGUCGUCGGGGCUCGCUAUGAUCCGACAAAAGCUAAGUCGUACGGCGUUCCAAACAUCAAGUGGACGCACUUUUACAUUGCGUGUCUGGGCAACAAGGAAGAGGUGGUGCGCUUCGGAGAAGUGCCGAAGUUUGUUAUCACCAAUGUGGUCGAACUUAACGAAACGCAAAUGCGUGCGUUUAUGCCGGCCAUCCAACCGGUCGCCGUGGAACCGAAAGACAAUAAGGCAUUUUCGUUGAGGAUCGAGGAAGGGGUCGACGGCAGAAAAACACCGACAACAAUCUUUGCUGUGCCCCCUGUCUUCGACAUCAGGUGUUUCUCUUUCGAUAGACCGGGCAAUACCGGGUUCUGGACUCCGAGAUUCCCAAUGGUGAACAAGAUACAUUGCGACAGAACUUAUUUUGACGUUCUCUCCUUCUCUGAGUUGCAAGAAAUGGCAAUUCAAGAGACAACAAGGCCUGAGGAGAAAGAAAGCCAGGAGUUGUUGGAGUGGAUAGGACGUCUGGAACAGGCUAAUCCCAAGACAAGAGGCGUCGAAAUCCAAAGCCAAACCACCGUCUCGACAAGCCAAGCGCCGUCGACACCGAACAGAUCGUCAUGCCCGGACCCUCCACCACCUUCGUCUCCGUCCUCCUCCCUCAGAUGUCGCUCAGUUGGCAGGGACUCUUUCACAACCUCGACUUCGGUGGCCAUCGCUAUCAGAUCACCAACAAAGGCCAAAGACCAACCUCGUCUUCUGCCCACAGUGGUUGAAUCUCCACAGAGCUCAACCGUCGAACUUCAAACGAUGGCUAGAGGGGAAAAGCGACCUCACAGUUCCUCCACCAACCUAGAAGAUGACUGUAGCAAGCUGAGAAAACACAACGACCCAGAAGGCCAGAAUGACGUUUCCGCAUCCCGCAGAGAGAGCAUAGCCUCAUCAGUUGUUCAACGAGAGCCUCUCACGGCCGUCAAGACUACCUCACCACGACGCAACGCCAACCCUCGCUCGGCCGCUCCUCCUCGACUCAUGGGCGCAAACUCCAUGUACCAGCCCACUACCCUGGAUAUGGGGCAUCGCCGAAGCACGUCUACCAGGGGACGGGUUUCUCUUCCUCACUCGAUGUCACUGGGCACUGGUACUAGUGACUUCACCUUCACUGUGCCCCCAUCCACAGCCCAACCUCUCAUCGGCUCUUCCCCCACCGCACUUGGAUCACUGGCAGGAAUUUGCAAGUGCCGCUACCUCGGCGAUGCGUGCACAGUCGCCAAUAUCUCCUUCAUGCUCUCCCCCUGCAUUGCCGGCUACCUCUGGGUAACAGAGGACCUGCUCGGGUACCACGGGAUAACCGAAUUCGCGCGCGAUCCCAAGGAGUGGGCAGCAGCAGAGCAACUUACUCCCCCUACAGGCACGCCAGCAUCAACCACCACCACAGACGCCAUUAUGGUCAACAGCUCAGCACCAACACCCACCCCCUCUUGCACUCCCAGUGGAACUAAGCGCAAAAAGAAGAUCAUACUCGUCGACCCCAAAAGAAAGGAGGCAAACAAGGUAUUUCUCCAAAGCGUUAGGGACGCGGGCCUACGCCAUCGAAAUGGCGAGCCGAGACAUAUUUCGGUGUAUGAUUGGAGGGUUUUAGAGGAGUUGAAGGAGGAGGAAGAGAGGUGCAGGAAGAGUGGGGAGUGGGAUAGGAUCAAGUUUGAUAUUAGGAGGAGCGGGAGUAUUUGGAGGAAGUAUUGGGUUGGGUUGACUUGAGCUUGGGAGGGGGGAAGGCAUUGUGUUGUGGGAUAUCCAGAGGGCUAGGUGUUGUUUUACUGAUGAUAUUAUUUCUGGGGAACAGGCCACAUUGAUACCUGGUGAGAAGUUUGAUAUCCGCAUUUCAUGUCGUUCGAUUAUGGAUGGGGUUUUGAGACGCAUUCGCCUGGAUUGGAACUUUUUAUCAACUCAUAUACGACGGAUAGUUCUGGUCACUGGAAAUUUUAAAGUUCCAGUCUCAUCUAUAGCAUAUUCAUACCAACCCAAACUAUCACUCCUUGUUCUCAUCCUCAUACAACUUCAGAUAGCUCGCCUGCAGCCUAAAUUCACACAAAACUGUUAGCAACACA